UCACUUUGCUGUCAUUCCUUUCAGUCUCCAUCAGUUGCUGGUAGAGGUGACCAUAUAGAGAGAGUUAACCCUUUCUCUUGCCAUUGCUUCUCUUCCAUUUUUUCUAAUAAAUCUUUUCCUCCAAUUCAGCUAAACCUAGUCCAGCUUGUUUUUGCCAGAAAACAAAGACAAGUAUCAUUAGGGUUUUGUUUUUGUCGUCUUAUAUAAUCAACCCUACUUUCUUUUCCUUUCUCUUCUUCUUGUUCAUCUCUUUCAUGUUUGUGUUUUUUCUUGGGAUCUGAUCCGACAAGAAACAGACAAAAGAAGUUGAAAGGGAGUGAAGUUGAGAGAUAUAUACACAACUCUCAAUCUCAGUUUAUGCAUCAAAUUAUUUUUGGAGGAAGAUCUGUGACUUCACCACCAUAUUUGCAAGCUUUGUGACUUGAUCUGACUAUAAAAAAGAGAUAUACAUAUGGAAACUUUCUCUCACGUUCCCCCAGGUUUUAGGUUCCAUCCCACAGAUGAGGAACUUGUUGAUUACUACCUAAGAAAAAAAAUAGCUUCUAGAAGGAUUGAUCUUGAUGUCAUAAAAGAUGUUGACCUUUACAAAAUUGAACCAUGGGAUCUUGUAGAGCUUUGCAGAAUAGGAGCAGAAGAACAAAAUGAAUGGUAUUUUUUUAGCCAUAAAGAUAAGAAGUAUCCAACUGGGACAAGAACAAAUAGGGCAACUGCAGCUGGAUUUUGGAAAGCAACUGGAAGAGAUAAGGCAAUUUAUAGUAAGCAUGAUUUGAUUGGAAUGAGGAAAACAUUGGUGUUUUAUAAAGGUAGAGCUCCAAAUGGACAAAAAUCAGAUUGGAUAAUGCAUGAGUAUAGGCUUGAAAAUGAUGAAAAUGGUGCACCACAGGAAGAAGGAUGGGUUGUGUGUAGAGUAUUCAAGAAGAGAGUAACAACAACACUUCGCAAAAUGAGUGAACAUGACUCCCCUUGUUGGUAUGAUGAUCAAGUUUCUUUCAUGCAAGACAUGGACUCACCAAAUCAAUCCUCUCAACCAAAUUUAAUUUACCAACAACUUCCAUAUCCUUGCAAAAAAGAGCUAGAUAAUUCACCAUACCAAAACCAUUUUCUUAAUCUCCCUCUUCUAGAGAGUCCAAAGCUUGCUCAACCUAAUCCAAUGGUGACAACAUAUGGUACCAUAGAUCAUACAAAUUCCAUGCUCCCUUCACCAAUGCUACUUCAAGAAGAACAACAUGUCUUGCAAACUAAUCAACAACAAAACCUUCAUGCUAUGUAUGGGAACAACUCCGAUGUCGAUGAUCAAGUUACCGAUUGGAGAGUUCUUGACAAGUUUGUUGCUUCACAACUUAGUCAAGAUGCAACAAAAGACAAUGAUGAUGACAACAUCUUUCAUGGCAAUGUUGAGUUCAGAAAUUUGGAGAAACAAGAAAUGGUGCCUCAUGAAAAUGCUUCAACAUCAAACUCAAGUUGUCCUAUUGAUUUGUGGAAAUAGUGUGAUGGUUUCAUACUAAUUAUAGAGUAAUUUCUAACUAUGAAAUUAAAACAUGCAUGCAAGUAUUGUUUGAAUUCUUGUACAUUAUAAACUUAAUAUGGCCAAAACUAUAUAACAUUUAAUGUGGAGACUCUAUAGCUCCAUAUGGUACCUCUAGAUAGCUUAUAGCAUUGAAUUAAAGUUUUUUGGAAUAUAUUGGUCACAUAGAUCAUUGAAAAAAUAUAUUUCCCUCAAGAUAUGGAAUACUUUGCAGGGUUAUUAUUUCAAUUUACCAUGCAUGAUAAAUUGACCGGGUUGGUUGAUAUAUAUGAUAUGAUACAUGUAUCCAUAUAUGGG